AGAGAGAGAGAUAGGAGGGGUUUAUAGGGUGGCUUUAGUAGUCAUUGUUAGGCGGCGUGUCUCACAGCGGACUACUGGCGGAGUGUGUGUGUGUGUGUGAGAGUGUGUUUGCGCGAGAGAAAGAGAGAGAUAGAGAAAGAGAAAGAGAGAAAGAGAGAGAAAGAGAGAGACAGCGCACUCGUGUGUGUGUGGGCCAAGUGGAAUGAGUAAAAGCAUCAGACGCCUCAGCUGUUGAUACAGCCAGGAGUGUGUGAGUGAGUGUGUGAGCGAGAGAGAGAGAGAGAGGGAGAGAAGGAGUGAGAGAGAGGGAGAGAGAGAGAGAGGAGUGCAAAGAGGAAAAGAGGAAGGCAAAGAAGGCGGAAAAAGAAGGAGGAAAAGAAAAAAGAAGGGAUAGUCCAAGUAUGCUGUGCUGCAUAAGAAGAACGAAGCCGGUGGAGAAGAAUGAAGAGGCUGACCAGGAGAUCAAGCAAGAUGGCACCAAACCAGAAGACAAAGCCCACAAGGCGGCCACCAAGAUCCAGGCCAGCUUCCGGGGACACAUAAUCCGGAAAAAAAUGAAGGACGACGACAAGGAGGAGGACAGUCCCGCCGCCCCGGACGAGUCAGCAGAGGCGGCUGAGGCGGCCGAGGAGGAACCCAAGGAAGGGGAGGCAGAGGAGGAGAAGAAGAAGGAGGAAGCCAAUUCUCCAGCCACGGAGAAGCCAGCUGAGGAGGCAGGCGAGGAGAAGGCCAAGAGCCCCGUGGCCGAUCCGCCCGCCAACUCUCCGGCAGCUGCCGACGAAGCCAAGGCUGAAGCCCCCGCUGCCACCUCCCCCUCAGAACCGCCCGCCAAGCAGGAGGUCAAGGAGGAGACCAAGGAAACGGAGAAACCUGGAGAGGCACCCGCCGCCACGGAGGCCGAGAAACCCGCCGAGAAUGUAACCGCCGACAAGAAGGAGGAGGAGGAGAAGGUGGAAGCCAAACAAGCCGACGUGCCUGCCGCUGCUAACGAGACAGCUGAUUGUGAGGAUGCAAACCAAACACAAGACAAAAAAGAUGCUGCAGACGAGUCCGAGGCAGCGGAUGGCGCUGUUUCGGAAGCGGGGAAGGACGAGGAGAAGGACGAGAAUGCUUAAGAAUACGACAGAGUUGUAAAAUGGUAACGAAUACUUAGGAAAGGUUGCUCUUUGACCUCUGAUUGUGGAGACGGUCAGUUUUUAUUUGUUUGUCCUCUUUUUUUCGUGUGGCAAUGAUUUUUCUUACAUCUUUGGGGUGGGGGGAGGCGGGGGGAGUCUGGGGUGGGGGAGUUUCCAUAUGCAACUUGCGGCUCAAGCUAGCAGUGAAGUGAUCUGGUGCUGCUUCAACACGCGAGAGUCCGAACCCCCGUACUUUCAUCAACUUCACCAAAGGACAGACGACACACUUUCUUACUCCUAUAGCCGACCUGUUUGAACCUGGUUUGCAUUUAGAGUUAUCUCUAUCACACACACACACACACACACACACACACACACACACACACACACACACACACACACACAUACACACACACACACACACACACACACUCACUCACUUUCAGAGACACAAACACACACCUUUUCCAUUGACCAUAGUAGUAGUGCACUGCUAUAUUUAACAGGGAGGAGUAUUAUUCCCUCCCAGUGUUUCUAUGUUGAUGCAAUUGUUUUGGCCAGCAUUUCAUGGAUAGCUUGAACCCAUCCGACUCCUUGCAUGGGAAUUCCUCCUGAGUGGGGAACCUUCUCGCAGUCACGGUAACCAAAACGUGUGGCUUCUUUUUUCAAUGUCCUUGGUGUUGUUAUGACGGUUUGAUAUCAAAUUGGAGAUUAUUCCUGCGCUGAAGUUAAAAAUGAAAAGAGAAAAAGUCAAAAACCAACAACUAAAAGAAAAAAAAUGAUUAAAAACUCAGCCUUUCCUAUGUUCACGUGAGUGCAAUGUCGAGUUUGAAUCUGAAAAGGAGUUCAAUUGUGAAAAAAAGUUUCAGUGUCUGUUUUCAAAAUAAAGAAAUGUGCCAAUUAUCAUCACAA